CUUCCAGAUAUGGCAGUGCCGCCUCGGGUAGACAGCCAGUCCUUUUGAGACGGCCAGCACGAAGCCUCCACUGUCAUGUCGCUCAGUUGGUCGGCCAAAGAGCACAAAAACACCAACCAGCCCGCCGCGACGGGACCCAAGCGACCGCGCAACGACGGAGGGAACAACGUGACGGUGGUGCUCGGCGCGCAAUGGGGCGACGAGGGCAAAGGGAAAGUGGUCGACCUGCUGGCCACCGAAGCGGACGUUGUGUGCAGAUGUCAGGGUGGCAACAACGCAGGACAUACGGUGGUAGUUGAUGGUAAAGAGUACGACUUCCACCUUCUCCCCAGUGGAAUCAUCAACCCAAAAAGCAUCUCUCUCAUCGGUAAUGGCGUGGUCAUACAUUUACCCGGCCUGUUUGAGGAGGGAGACAAGAAUGAGAAGAAAGGUCUGAAAGGCUGGGAAAAGAGACUAAUUGUGUCAGAUAGAGCUCACAUCGUGUUUGAUUUCCAUCAGGUUGUCGAUGGUUUACAGGAAACGGAAAGACAGGCACAGGAAGGAAAGAACAUUGGAACAACCAAGAAGGGUAUUGGACCUGCAUACUCCAGCAAGGCAUCUCGCACUGGCCUUCGUGUAUGCGACCUUUUAGGUGACUUUAAGGACUUCUCUGGCCGAUUCAAAAACCUUGUCCACCAGUAUCAAUCCAUGUAUCCAACCUUGGUCGUUGAUGCUGAUGAGCAACUGAAACAACUUAAGGAGUAUGGAGAAAGGUUGCGGCCCAUGGUGAGGGAUGGAGUCUAUUACAUGUAUGAAGCCAUUCAUGGAUCCCCGAAGAAAAUUCUGGUUGAAGGAGCUAACGCUGCUCUCCUCGAUAUUGACUUUGGUACCUAUCCCUUUGUGACAUCAUCAAACUGUACCGUGGGCGGAGCUUGCACUGGACUUGGGAUCCCGCCGUCGAAUAUUGGUGAUGUAUUCGGUGUAGCAAAGGCCUACACCACCCGGGUGGGAAUUGGAGCCUUCCCAACUGAGCAACUCAAUGCUGUAGGAGAGCUGCUGCAGACAAGGGGUCAUGAAGUGGGUGUGACCACAGGGAGGAAGCGACGCUGCGGCUGGUUGGAUCUUGUCAUCGUGAGAUAUGCGCACAUGAUCAAUGGCUUCACUGCCAUCGCUUUGACAAAACUUGACAUUUUGGAUAUGUUGGAGGAAAUUAAAGUUGGCAUUGCUUACAAACUCAACGGCAAAAGAAUUCCACAUUUCCCAGCAAACAUGGAUGUUUUGCACAAAGUGGAGGUUGAAUAUGAGACCUUCCCUGGCUGGAAGACAGACACAUCUGCUGCUCGCAGGUGGAGCGACCUGCCAGCCAAAGCACAAAACUACAUCCGCUUCAUUGAGAACCACAUUGGAGUUCCCAUCAAGUGGGUUGGCGUUGGAAAGUCCAGAGAGUGUAUGAUCCAGAUGUUUUAGAGGCAAACAUCCAAAGUUGCACAGAUCAUGUGUCAAUUUUCUUCGGAAAAAAGAUCUGCUCCCCUCCACUUAGUAAUAAACAUUACACCCACAAAA